UUGUUUCUCGUCUUUUUUUCCAGAUUGAUCAUCGUCAUGUGAUCAACAUUGUGACUCUGCGAUGCAUACGAUUUUAGCGCGAGUGAUGCACGGACUCGGAGACAGCAGUGUUCCAUUACCAGAGUCUGUCAAAUUGGUGGAGGAAAUCCUCAUGGAGCAGCUGAAGAUAAUUUUGCGCAAAGCGACAGAAUGUGCGAUUUGCAGAGGCUCACCUGGAAACCUUGUUGCUGAAGACUUUGUGUUCCUCAUGCGACGAAAUCACGGGAAGCUGAGACGAUUGCUUCAGUAUCUA